AUGGCGUCGAGUGACAAUGUCUCCUGUGUCAUGCCUCCUCCCAGCCAAGAUCUCGAGACCUACCAACCCUUCUCCGAAGACAUCCUGCGCAUCGUCGAUGAUAUUCUGUCCGAAGACGCAAGCUUUGAAUCCUCAAAAGAUGAGAACUGGACUGUGAAAAGUGCAUGCACCAGUGACAAGAGCUCUAGCCCAUCACCUGUGCACCUUGGGCCUGUCAGUUCACAGAACAAAAAGAGGAAGAAGAAGAGUAUUCCUACCGCCAACUCCUCCUAUUCCUCCCCAUCUCCAUCCAUGUCCAGCAGCGCAACAAAGGCCGCAAGAACCAAGAAACGCAAGCGAGUGACAGCGACUAGAAAAAUUACAGUUGUUGAGAUAGCCAGUGACGCUGGAGAAGAUUCUACACCACCCAGCUUCAACGGCGAUCUGCAUACGGAGGAUAAGAUGGAGCUUGAGGGCAAGGGAAGUGGUGUGGAGGAGGGCGAGGAAAUUGAUAUGGAGGAGGAGGACUUGAUCUUUGCAUCUGUGGGUCAUGAAAAGGGUCAUGAGAUUUUGAAAUACGUCAUAUCGCAUUCUUUCUUCAAAGGAUACGUUCAACCCGUGCUGAAAUCCGCCAGAUGUCAGUUUCUGGCUGACCUGCAAAGGACGGCGAUGUCCGCAGGAAUGAAGAUCAUGGAAGUUGAAGAGUUGCAUCGCUAUGUGCGCAGGAUCUACCUGGAGCUUGCUGAUGUUCCAGACGCUACAUGUGGGGACUCGGACAAGAUGGCAUUUGGAGCCGAAAUAGAUGAUACACGCCCCGCUCGAAUGAGUCUCAAAAGAAGCCUGGAGCAGAAAAUUUCACCCAGCUGCAAGAAAAGCAAAACUAAUGCUUCGGUAAACUUGACUAUCCCAGCACAGCCUGUGGUGCAGGUUGAGGAAAGUCAAGAGACUGACCGUGCCCCGGCUCAAGCCCAUGAUUCUUCUGAAGCACGGCUGCUGGAGAAGAUUUCCUCCGUGGAUAGUAUGCAUGGCCCUGAAAAAAUACCCGAAUCGCCUAUUUUACGCCCAAUCUCCCCUGCGAAGACUGAAGAGCAACCCGCUGGUCCUUCUGAAACAAUUGAUCUUACUUGCGAGCCCGUUGAGGAACCAUUUCUAUCAAACGAGGAAAAUGGCCUAGACCCGGACCACAUACAGGACCUCAGUGUCUCGAUCGAGAGAGGCUUGAGCGUGGUCUCGCCGCCGGCUAGUCCAAGCGAGGGCAGUCAAGGUGGUUUCUGGAUGGAUGCUCCUGACGAAGGCAUUCUUACCGAAACGCCCCGUGAAUUUGAACUCGAGGCCCAGUCCGGACUUGAGACAAAGCCUCAACCGCCAUCGAAGUCGAAUUCCCACUCAGAACCGGAUCCAGAACCCAAAGUCAACUCUAAGCCUGAGCUCGAAGGACACGACCAGGUGGAGAAAGAUCGACCCGUCUCCAAAAAGAACAAGAAAAAAGGCAAAAAUAGCAAUGGUCUUGACUCUCAACCAACCCCGGAAUUGCAGCCUCGUCCCAUUGCACAACCUACCAAUGCUCCUAGCCUUCCAUCGGAGAACGGAAAUGAGAGACGGCUAUCGCAGAAGCAGAAGAAAAACAAGAGGAAGAAUGACAAGAGGAAGCAGAAGCGGAACGAGCUUAGAGAAAAAAACAACCAGGAAAAUAAACAGGACAACCAAUCAAGCAAGGAAACUUCAAAGCCACGACCAGAAACCCCUCCGCCGAAGAUGAUCCCACCUCAAGGUCCAGUAUUAUCGACACCACUCUCGCAAGCGUCAAACAGCAGCAAGCGAAGCUUCCGGCGCAGCCCAUUGCCUGAAAAUCCAAACGACUGGGAAAUUUCGGAUUGA